AUGCAUGCCACAGCCAACGGUCCAACUUCUGCGACCGAACUCGCGCACCCUUCCAACGCGUCUACUACCUCCGCCUCGCCCCCAUCGCUCACCCCCGCGCUCUCCGUCUCCCCAAAUGACACCGGCACCUCCACCCUCCGCCGCCUAAAAUCUAAGUCAUCCCUGUGGAGUCUAGGAAGCAGCAAUAACGAAGACGAAUACUCCCCAGUCGAGCCGACCAGCGCACCAAACAGCGCUCCCAGGCAAUCAAUCCUUCGCCGACUCUCUCCGGCUCUCGCAGCCCGCGUAAAAUUGCUGGAUGGCAGUAACAAGUCUCCCUUGCAAAACAAGAACCCAAAUGCUGUCGGUCGAAUCCCAGAAGAGCACCUGAAGGAGCUGGACAGUCGCAACCAGGACUUGUCAAUCAAAGUCAAGCGGAGGGGCCAAGCGUGGAACGGUUCAGGUACCUCGCCCGGCCAAUCUCACGAUCCCCCACGGAGAACCGCCUCAAACCACCUCGAGCUCCCCCACCAAGAUAUUCUCCAAGAGAUCGCAGACGCUCGCAGACAAGAGGCAGAGAGACAGGAGGAACCAGUCUUCACCGAAGCAGUCGAGGACGGACCCGAGCAGGCCCAGCACCAGGAGCAGCCGCAGGACCAGGACGAUCCCGCCCCAGAAACCGACUUCACAAGUCCACCAGUCCUCAUGUCUGUCGCAGAACCAGCUCCGGCGUCGGUGCGCGAACACCCAGCACCGACCCUCCUACCCAGCAAUCCCAUCCAAGACGACCGCACCGACUUCCAGAAAUACGUCGAGGAUACCGCCCGCAAAGAAAACCAGGAUGCGCAGAGCGCGCCUGAUCCCCCGCCGAAGGACUCCCCGCCUGCAUACACGCAUUCGCGCUCGUCCUCCAAUUCCCAGUCCUAUUUCAACCCUAUGGGUCUUCAGCGCGCGGACUCGAUUUACUCUUUCUCCCGUGCUUCUUUUAGCAAUCAGCUUUCGCAACUGACGUCCAUUCCCCUUCCGCAGCCGGAUUCACUUGAGGCGAGUAUUACCAAGAUUGCCACGGCGCUUUUGGCUGUUAGGGCGUUGAACGGGGCUGCGGAGCAGAUUCAGAUUUGGAUUAAGAAGGCGUCGGAUGUGCUUAGCGGGUUGGACUCCGAGGAUGAUGUUGAGUGGGCUGCUGCUGGUGGGCGAGAGGGUCUUGAUGGGGUUGAUAAGGCUAUUACCCGGUUCGAGUGCUUGGUUAAUGUCUAUGUGCGCGCCAUUGAAAAUGUGCAGCUACGGGAUGACAUUGCGAAUGUUGAUGCCGAGAACUUGAGGACGAUCGUAAGUCAGAUGGAGAGUAUCCUCAACAACUGGAAACAGAUCAAGAAUAAGUUGAGAGGUGUGAAAGAGCAGGUUGAGUUGGCGAUGGAGUGGGAAGAGCUUUGGUCUAAUGUUCUCGGUGAUGUGGGGAUGGAAAUUGAUAAUCUUAGCGGAUUGAUCUUUGAGAUGGAAGAGAAGCGACACCAGGCGUUGAUGGAUACGGGUGAGACCACUGGUGGUCUUGAUAUCAACGAGUUGGAGACCAUUGUCGAAGAGUCUCCUACCAAGAGUCGCGCGGCUUCUCAACGCCUGAGCAUUGGUCCUCUUCUAGCUUCGGCUUCCGGCACUCCUGUUAUCAAAACACCCCAGGAUGAUACCAGCCACUCAAAUCUGAUGGCUAUAUUUGCGCGCAUGCAACCAUUACGUGCGUCACUGGACUUUUUGCCCAUGCGAUUGUCCAUGUUCCAAGCACGGGCUGAGGCCAUCUUCCCGAGUGCGUGUGAAGAGGUCGAAGACCGGCGGGACCGGCUAGAGAAGAGCUAUAAGGUUCUGGAGACAGACGCGGAAGCUCUGCGAAAGGAACUGGGAGAGGAUAAGUGGAUCCUGGUUUUCCGCAAUGCUGGAAGUCAGGCGCAGAAGAUGUUUGAAUCUGUGGAACGCAGCAUUGGCAAGCUCCAAGAAGGUCUGGAGGGCGGCAUGCAGCUCAACAAUCCGGUCACCUUGCAGAAGCGCAUUGAGAACUACGAGGCGAAGAAGAUGCACUAUGUGCCGGCGAUUGAGCGUGUGAUUUCCAUCAUCCAAAAGGGUGUCAAUGAUCGGUUGACUGUCAAUGGUGAAAUUCUACGACUUUUGUCUGACAUGACAUCGCGGACGGAUGCUCUCAAGGCUAGCACGAAGGUUAUGGACACUUCUCUCGAAGACGUGCAUUUCGUCAAGGGCCAGCAACUUCGAGACUCCAUCUCUAGCAUCUUGACGAUGGACAGCCCACUUACAGGCAGUGCCAUUGACACACCGGGAAGCUCGCCUGCCUCCUCAGUUAUCAUAACUGGUCCCAGCUACAAGGGUGCCUCAACGCCCUUGGGUGGUUCGAGUCGUCGCGAGAGCUUAGCUGGAAGCACCACAACUCGAUCAGCCUUGCCCAAAACCCGACGCUACUCUGGCUUGCCUCAGUCCACGGCGAACUACACAGGUCGGAAGUCGAGCAUCCCCCAGCCAUCUGGCCUCGCAUCCCCAACUCCAUCAAGAAGAUCCACAAGUCUCUUCACCCCGACACCAGCUUCCCGCUACACAUCCCGCACACCAGUGCCGCCAUCCACAGUCUCCAACCGUCCUCGCUGGAACGGAAGCACAAAUACAAACGACCUAGACACUGGAUAUACCCAAUACCGCAAAGCAUCCGCCCCGAUAUCCCGCACACCUCGACCCGCAUCAGCAAUCCCGUUCCCCAGUCCAUUCCGCCGCGACACAUCAGCAUCUCCAGCGCCGGGCACAUACAGAUCAACGAGUCGCGUCUCCAGCAGACUCGGUGAUCGAAGUCCCUCGCGGAACCUCUCCUCUCCAACCCCGCGAUCCUCACUCCUCGAUCCGCCCCCAUACAGUCGACUGCGGAGACAGUCAGGCAUAUCAAACACUCCCCGCAGUCGCCAGAGCUACGCAGGCGUGCCCUCAACUUUCAGUCGGAGUGUUUCACAUGCUCCGGAUGUACCUGAGACGCCUAGCAAGACCUCGCGGCCGGGGACGUCUCUCGGCCAUUCGACUAACAGGCGUGUUAGUCUUCUCCCAUUGCCUACGCGGGAUCAUAAGCCGCAGGCUCAAAAGGUUGAUACUCGGCCUCCAUGGCGUUGA